UGCCACCUGAUGUAAGUAAACUCAGUAUAUUGAGUCACCUCUCAGAACACUUGUCUUGACUCCACCUGCACGUCGCGCUUUGCUGCCUGAACGUUCUCUCCUAAGCAGGUAGGCGGGAUAACAUACGGCAGGUGAAUACUGGUAUAAGAGACCGUGAGGAUAUCGGUAAGCACCAGUACCAGCAACGCUCUCCACGCACCGCCACCAUGAAGGUCCUGGCUACAGUCUCCGUAGCAGCUUGCAUCCUGAGCCUCGCCUACAGUCACAUGGAGGAGGAGGACAGCCGGCAGGAAGGUGUGGAAUCCAGGUUCUUUAUCGGUGGAGUUCUACUUGGCUGCGUCCUUCGCCUGAAGCACAAAGACGGAUUUUGUGAAAAGAUCGAGUCCUGGCUCAACACAGCAGGGGAGGAGAUCUUACAAGCCAACACACGGCCACGCAUCAUUGUCAACAUUCUCAAUCGCCAAUGUGAAAGAAACAGGAUGAUGAAGCUGAACAGUGACCCAGAAGCAGAAAAGGAGGAAAAGUUCUUUUGGACCCAGACUUUGGAAACUGUAUGUGACGACUGCGAAAAUUCAGCGCAGGAAAUCGACGCGUCCAAAGUUCCCGCCAACUACACAUUAGUGGAUACCUACUCUGAUGUGAUCACUGUGGCCUGCAACACAACCACGAGAAUGGAUGACCUGUACUGAACGCACCGCAGCGGCAGACACUCCAUCGUCCCUAGCUGACCACAGCAAUGGGAAAGUACGACAAGCAAAUCACUCAAGAGAAGAAAAAAAAAAAUGGUAAAAGAAAAAAAAAAAAUUCGGGUACCUGUGCUCCUCUUUUUAUUUAGUCUCUUCUCUCUUGUACCUAAGCACCUAAGUCACCUAAGCAACACGACUAACAUUAGAGCGCCCAAUCUCGCCCAAAUGGGGCCCUGGUUGACAGCUUUCUCUUUUCACGUACACUUGAAACAUAAACGUCUUCACCUCCUUUAGCUAAUUGUCGGUAAUGUUGUACUGCUUCUUAAACCUCAUUUACAUAUUUUAUAUGUAUGGUAUGUAGAUGAAUGGCAGUGUGAUGAAUAAAUGCAUAUCAAUUAUA